AAAUGUAUUUGUAACAAAUGCGGGGACUACUUUAGCAAUUUUUCCCUCGAGGGUUUUUCCCAAUUUGAUCUGAAGACUUCCGAGCAGCGGAGCAAAUAGACGGAGAGAGAAAGGUCGGGGAAGAACAAUAGCGGAGAUGACGACGAUUAGAAGAUUUUGCUGCAACGAUCUGCUUCGAUUCGCGUCAGUGAAUCUGGACCAUCUCACCGAAACCUUCAACAUGUCGUUCUACAUGACCUACUUGGCAAGGUGGCCUGACUAUUUCCACGUGGCUGAAGCUCCCGGAAACCGAAUCAUGGGAUACAUUAUGGGAAAAGUUGAAGGACAAGGUGAAUCUUGGCACGGUCAUGUCACGGCAGUAACUGUGUCUCCUGAAUAUCGAAGGCAACAAUUGGCCAAGAAGCUGAUGAACCUAUUGGAGGAUAUUAGUGACAAGAUUGAUAAGGCUUAUUUUGUGGACCUUUUUGUGAGAGCAUCAAAUACACCAGCCAUAAAGAUGUAUGAAAAGCUUGGAUAUGUUAUAUAUCGACGUGUACUACGAUAUUACUCUGGGGAAGAGGAUGGCUUGGAUAUGAGAAAAGCAUUGUCUCGGGAUGUAGAAAAGAAGUCUAUCAUCCCCCUUAAACGUCCAGUAACUCCGGAUGAAUUGGAGUAUGAUUAGAUCCUUCAUUUAAUUAACAUUAAAAGAAAAUAUGAUGCUUUGGCAUGGUUGUGAUUUUGCAUUAGAGCAUCUUGAUGCGGUUGUAGUCAGGCAUGUAACGAUGAGCUAUAAGAUUUGUAUUUCAGAAUUUAUGCCAAUGUUUCGGAUUCCUUCUGCUUCUGCUCCCCGCCGCGUGUUAUGGUUAAUAAUUUGUUAUCCUCGAGUAAAGCAGAUUUAGUUGUGUUGAUCUUCGCUUCGCUGUUUCCCCUCAACACUUCAACUUUCAUUAUUUGGUCUUUGGUAAUA